GCUAAUGUUGCUAAUGCUAUUUUUCAAAGAAGCUACAUUAAUGGACAGAGGUUCCUGACAGACUUGAAAGGUGCAUCGGUAUAAUAACACUUGGUACCAAUCUGAUGGCUGAAUAACCUACUUAACAGAUUAUAAACAAUAAAUAUCCUUGUUGUUGAGCUCAUGUCUAUUUAUUCAACAAUUCAGCAGCAAAAGAAAAUCGUUUCUGAAGUGAAAAUGUUGCUUACUCUGUCAAUAUUAUAUAGUAUUGUAAAACAGCAACCCUUUAUUUUGAAAGAGCUUUCGGAAGUGCUUGUAUCUUAUUGUGAACUUGACAGCUUGCUGUCCGCGCGGUGACAGAGAGAAAGAGAAAGAGAGGGAGAGAGAGAAGCGCAGAGAGAUACGGUAACCUGCAGGAGGACUCACAUGGUCCUGCUGCAGCGGACCAUACACCACCAGAACUCUCCAAAACCUCUCCCACUCAACUUCUUAUUUUUUUUUUAAAAAAAAUUCUCCCACUGUACCACCUUAUAGUUUUGUCUGUCUUUUAGAGGAAUUUCUUCUUCUUCUUCUUCUUUUUUUUUUUUUUUUUUUUUUUCUUCGCAUCCUUGCCGCGCGCAGCCCGGUCUCGGCCAGACUCGCGGCGUCUGGCCGGCGAAACAGCGUCAUGGCUCGGGAGAACGGAGACACCGGCAGCGGCGAGACGUGGAAGAAACAGGUCGACGACAUCAAGAAGGUCUUUGAUUUUAAAGAAGUCCUCGGAACAGGGGCGUUUUCAGAGGUGGUCCUGGCCCAGGAGAAGCUGACCGGCCGCAUGUUCGCCGUCAAAUGCAUCCCCAAGAAGGCUCUGAAGGGGAAAGAGAGCAGCAUCGAGAACGAGAUUGCCGUGCUGAGGAGGAUCAAGCAUGAAAACAUCGUUGCUCUGGAGGACAUCUAUGAGAGUCCGGACCACCUCUACCUAAUCAUGCAGCUGGUGUCGGGGGGAGAGCUGUUUGACCGAAUCGUGGAAAAAGGAUUUUACACAGAGAAGGAUGCGAGCACACUGAUCCGACAAGUCCUGGAUGCCGUGAACUACCUCCACAAGAUGGGGAUCGUGCACCGGGACCUGAAGCCAGAGAACCUGUUGUAUUUUAAUCCACAAGACGAAUCUAAGAUCAUGAUAAGUGACUUCGGUCUGUCAAAGAUGGAGGGCAGUGGCGACGUCAUGUCCACAGCCUGUGGGACGCCAGGAUACGUGGCUCCGGAGGUUCUUGCACAGAAGCCGUACAGCAAGGCGGUGGAUUGCUGGUCCAUCGGAGUGAUCGCCUACAUCCUGCUGUGUGGUUAUCCUCCGUUUUAUGAUGAAAAUGACUCUAAGCUGUUUGAGCAGAUCCUUAAGGCCGACUACGAGUUCGACGCCCCGUACUGGGAUGACAUCUCAGACUCCGCCAAGGACUUUAUCAGCUGUCUGAUGGAGAAAGAUCCGACCAAGAGGUUCACCUGUGAACAGGCCCUCAGGCAUCCCUGGAUCGCUGGGGACACAGCACUCUGCAAGAACAUCCAUGAGUCAGUCAGCCGGCAGAUCAGAAAGAACUUUGCCAAGAGCAAGUGGAGGCAAGCGUUCAACGCCACCGCGGUGGUGCGCCAUAUGAGGCGGCUACAACUUGGCAGCAGCAUGGGCAGCAGUAUGGACGCCUCCAACCCCAGGCCGAGCCAGACACAGAGGCCGGCCCAAAGCCAGAGCCAAGCGGGCCAGAACCAAACCGCUCAGAGCCAAAACAGCGGCCAGGCGGCGCCAAGCCAGGCCGCCAACAGCAACGCCAGCAAGAACUCCUCCAUAGAUAACAACGUAGCUGCUCCACGCAAAGAAUGUCUCCCUGCGCCCGUCACUCCUUGCAGCCUGGCAUCUGCCGCCUCUUCCCCGGCCGCCGGAACGGAGCUGAACCGGCCCCACCCGUCGGCGGUGCCUGCCCCGAUGAUGACAGAGACCAAGUGACGGCAGGUCCCGCGGGGCACCAGCUGGGAGGCCACAGCACUGUGAGAACGAGAGAGUCUAAGGUUCCAACAACAACGUCAAAAAGAAAAUGUGAAAGGGACGAGCAGAGAAGAGCGCCACCGUACUCUUCACCGUCCUUCCCGCUCUUGGAUGCGUUCUCUCUUGGAUAUGCCGCCCAACUAGUUCCCCGCCCUGCUCGAAGGAGAGCAGAGGACUCCAUUACCCACAAAACCCUUACGACGAUUGACGCCGCCAUUGCCAUACGUCACGGCCACCAGGAUAGCUUGCAGGAUUCUUCUCGUAGCAUCAAGGCAUCCACUGACCCUCACCGAGCAAGUCUGCAUGGUCGGCUGCUCUGUGCUUACGCUGCAACCUUUGGGGGGGAGGGGCUUAUGGAAUCUGGGCUGUCCUGUUUCGGUUUGUUCCGAUUUUUUAUUUUAUUUUAUUUUUUUAUUUUUUGACUGUUGGCAACUGGAUUGUUUGGUUCUUUUUGCUUCCUGUUGAUUUUAAAGGCAGCACCGUCACUUUGGUGUGAUUACUGUAAAUAAGCCAUAGCUGAGAUAACUGACGAGGAGUCAGCCCCUUCAUCGUCGUUGUUCUGUAGGCAUUCCUCUCGAUGACGCCCUGUUUCCCAUAAUUCCGUUGUCUCAUAUCACCGUCACUGCAUUCUGUGUUUUGAACAUUGAUGCAAAACACAGUCGGACCGUCUUCUGCGCAACCAGCCCUCUUCGUUUGCACAGACACUACCCAUGUUGAUACGUUUGGGCGAAAGUCUCAUGAAAGCUCCUCGGCCGCUUGUUUUCACCGUUCACGCUUGCAGAAGUGCUUUAAAAAGUACCAUGUGACUGUUUGGAGAUCUGGAGACAUGCGCUUUAUCUUUUUUGCACAGGGAAAGGUCAGACAUGUUGUCUCUGACCAAUGAGCUGCCAUGCACACGGAUUUAUCAGACAAAAGAAGAAGACAUUAAACCUAGAAACACAAACGGAUGUCUUCUAACGGUUAAAUUGUGUGAAGUUAUCGAAUUCGUUGGAUGAUUUUAUUUUUUUUAUGUCUUUUUGUAACAAUCAUCCUUUAAGGGAGACGCACAGAAGAAGCUGCGGACUGCAGAGAAUGAGAUAGAUCUGAGAACUGCCUCCACAUGGGAGUGUUAGUCACUAUGAAUGAGUUAGAGACCCGCCAGCAGCGCAAGAAUGUAUUCACACCCUUUGAGCUUUUUAGUCGCAUUACAACACAUUUCAGCAUAAAUUUUUAGCAUAAAUGCUAACCUCAGAUUUUUCUUGUCAGAACAUUCAUUCCAGCUUUAGGGGCAAAAAUCAUCGCUUGGAUCAAUUUGACUGGCAGCCAAAUAAAAGUUAAAUAAAUUACUUUAACUUAUAUUUUAUUGUAAUGAUUAAAAAAAUAGUAGAUUUUAUUAUUUUAAAAAAUGAUUAAAGACAUUUAUUAGAUACAUUUUUUUUGUCAUUUUCAUCUUCCCUCCAUCGUUCUGAGGCCCCCUGGUGGCCUCGGAAAAUAUACAUCGAAGUUUGUGGCGUUACUUUGGCAAAGCACGCAAAAGUUCAAGGGAUGUGGAUACUUUUUCUUUCUUUAAGUACGGUGGUCUUGAAUGCAGGAUGGGCAGGAAACCAGUUGCGAGCGUCAGGAUGCCGUCCUCCCUGACGUUUGUUCCCCUCUCUGACGAAGCCAUGAUCUGACCUGCUGGUUCUUUAAGUUGACCUCAGGGAAACCUGCAGCUGCACUGUGAGCUGGCUAACCCCAGCUUCCUGUUGGCUUUGUUGUUUUUUUUUUCCUCUUUUGUUCACAGGAAGCGUUCUGGGCAUGGCUGCGGGUUACGAUCCGAUGUUUAAGAUCUGAGCUCGGCUCUUAUCCCGACGCAUUAAAGAUGUGUGACAUGA